GGAGCUCCCUUUGCAGGGCACACCAAGGUUAUCACUGGUCUAGCACUUUCACAUGACAGCGCUCUCCUCGCCAGUGCUUCUGGAGACGACACCAUCAAGCUCUGGGCCGAUAACACGAUGAACAGCGGCCAUGGUGGGCUCGCAAUCGCAAUCAGUCAUGAAAAGUAUAUUCGAUCCAUAUCCUUCUUUUCGAACGGCCGGCGAAUGAUUAGCGGAUCUUGGGACAAGACUGCUUGUCGAUGGGACCUGCGGACGGGUAAGGAGAUUGAAGAAGCACGGGAUGGCCACUCGCGAGGGAUCAGCUGCGUAGAUAUAUCUCCGGACAGCAAGCUGGUGGUGAGCGGGUCAUGGGAUCGUACAUCGCGGAUAUGGAACUUGGGUACUGGCGAACUCGUGGCUGGUCCAUUUGAGAGCAUUGAUUGGGUGGGCGCAGUUCGGUUUUCGUCAGACUCGAAGAAGCUCGCAGUGAAGUCAGAGGCGGGGAAGUGCCUUGAGGUGUGGGAUUUCGACGCUUUGACGCUGGAGAUCGUCGGAGCUCCGUUUGAGGGGCACAGCAAGAUUAUUCGCAGUCUAGCCCUUUCAUCCGAUGGUGUUCUCCUCGCCAGCGCUGCAGAAGACAACACCAUCAAGCUGUGGGCCUUCGAGCCCCGCCAGCUCCUCGCUUCUUUCCACGUUGGGACUCCUAGCUCCAUCAUCCUCUCACCCAACUCACGUCAAUUAGCUUACGCGACAGGUCGUAAGAUCUAUAUAUGCAACACUCCACUCGACAUCCUGAUCAGCACCAGGUGUGUGCCUGAAGCACAGGGCAGUGUACGCAUACGCCGCAUAUGUGUAUCAUCCGUGCGCUGA